CGGCCUCCUCCUCUUCCUCCUCCUUCCGGCCUCCAGCCCCCACUCCAGCUACAGAAUGGCAGAGAACACCACCUCUCCAUUGAAGCACUUUGUGCUGGCUAAAAAGACGAUUACUGCAAUCUUUGACCAGCUACUGGAAUAUGUCACUGAGGGAGCAGAUUUUGUUGAAGAGACAUAUAAGAAUCCUGAACUCGAACGGAUUGCCACCGAGGAAGAUCUGGCAGAGAUUCAGGGCUAUAAAAAUAAGUUGUCCAUCAUUGGAGAAGUAUUGUCCCGGAGACAUAUGAAAGUAGCGUUUUUUGGCAGGACAAGCAGUGGGAAGAGUUCUGUUAUCAAUGCAAUGUUGUGGGACAAAGUACUGCCUAGUGGGAUUGGCCACACAACUAACUGUUUUCUGAGUGUAGAAGGGACAGAUGGUGACAAAGCAUAUCUUAUGACUGAAGGAUCAGAUGAAAAAAAGAGCGUAAAGACGGUUAACCAACUGGCCCAUGCACUUCAUAUGGACAAAGACUUAGAAGCUGGCUGUCUUGUACAUGUAUUUUGGCCCAAAGCAAAGUGUGCACUAUUGAGAGAUGACUUGGUUCUAGUGGACAGUCCUGGCACUGAUGUAACUACAGAGCUGGAUAGCUGGAUUGAUAAAUUCUGCCUCGAUGCUGAUGUCUUUGUUUUGGUCGCCAACUCUGAGUCAACAUUAAUGAACACGGAAAAGCACUUUUUUCAUAAAGUAAAUGAGCGACUUUCCAAACCUAAUAUCUUCAUUUUGAAUAACCGUUGGGAUGCUUCUGCAUCAGAGCCUGAAUACAUGGAAGAUGUACGCAAACAGCAUAUGGAACGCUGCUUAAAUUUCCUGGUCGAAGAACUGAAAGUCGUGGAUCUUUCAGAGGCACGAAAUCGCAUUUUCUUUGUUUCAGCCAAGGAAGUUCUUAGUGCUAGAAAGCAGAAAGCCCAAGGAAUGCCAGAAACUGGUGGUGCACUUGCCGAAGGCUUCCAGACAAGAUUUCAGGAGUUUCGGAACUUUGAACAAAUUUUUGAGGAGUGUAUCUCGCAGUCAGCAGUGAAAACCAAGUUUGAACAGCACACUAUCAGAGCUAAACAGAUCAUAGAUACUGUGAAAAACAUAAUGGAUGCAAUAAAUUUGGCAGCAGCAGAAAAAAGGGUAUAUUCAAUGGAAGAGAGGGAGGACCAGACAGACAGGUUGGACUUUAUUCGAAACCAGAUGAACCUUUUAACAGAGGAUGUUAAGGAAAAAAUCAAAGCGGUUACUGAGGAGGUGGAGAAUAAGGUUUCAUGUGCCAUGACAGACGAAAUUUGUCGACUUUCUCUUUUGGUUGAUGAAUUUUGUUCAGACUUCCAUCCUUCCCCAAAUGUCCUGAAACUAUACAAAACUGAACUAAACAAGCACAUAGAAGAUGGUAUGGGAAAAAACUUGGCCGAUCGGUGCUCCUGUGAAGUCAAUGCCUCAAUGCAUCAAUCACAGCAGGAAAUAAUUGAAAAUCUGAAGCCUUUGCUUCCCCCCGGAGUGCAGAAUCAGCUCCACGUUCUGAUCCCCUGUAAGAAAUUUGACCUCAGCUACGACCUGAAUUGUCACAAACUCUGCGCAGAUUUUCAAGAGGAUAUUGUAUUUCGUUUUUCUCUGGGAUGGGCCGCUCUGGUAAAUCGGUUCUUGGGCCCUAAGAACGCUCAGCGUGUACUGUUGGGAUUGGCGGAACCCGUUUUGCAGCUUCCUCGAUCUCUAGCUUCCACUCCCACUGCUGCUCCUACCAAUCCUGCAACACCAGAUCAUGUGUCACAGGAAGAAAUUAUGAUUACUCUAGCAACAGGUUUAGCUUCCUUAACAUCAAGAACCUCUAUGGCCAUCAUCGUUGUUGGAGGAGUGGUUUGGAAAACAGUUGGUUGGAAACUCAUAGCCUUUUCCCUGAGUAUGUAUGGUUCCCUCUAUCUCUACGAAAGGCUAACCUGGACAACUCGAGCCAAGGAGAGAGCCUUCAAGCAGCAGUUUGUAAACUAUGCUACCGAAAAGCUGCAGAUGAUUGUCAGCUUUACCAGUGCCAAUUGCAGCCAUCAAGUGCAACAGGAGAUGGCCACUACCUUUGCUCGCCUGUGUCAGCAAGUUGACAUAACUCAGAAAAACCUGGAAGAGGAAAUUGCGAGGUUGUCCAAAGAGAUAGAUCAGUUGGAGAAAAUACAAAGUAAUUCCAAGCACCUAAGAAAUAAAGCCAUUCAGCUUGAAAACGAGUUGGAGGAUUUUACAAAGCAUUUCCUUUCCAGUAAAUGAAUAUUUGCCGCAGGCCAGAUGUCUUCAGCUGCCACUGAAGACAAAAUAGAAUGUUGAGAGACACUUGCUGAUUUACCUGGAAUCAUUUUAAAAUAUGAAUUCUAUUGACUGUGCUUGUUUGAAAUCAGCAAAUUCCAGUUUUGAUACUGGCAAUGAAUGGUAUCUCGAGGUAUUUAUGUUUCUGGAGAGUAUGUAGCUAUGUUUCAGUUUUUUGGUAACGAGAAAGCCAAAUGUAAACGAUGAAUUUGUUGGGUAGCAGAAUCCCCUACGUGAGCCCUGAGGGUGGGGUUGUGAGCUCUCUAAAGUGGGGCUUUUUAUUUUUAUCGACUUUGGAAAACCCUGCUUCCUGGCAUCCAGGAGUUAGAGAAAGCUCACUGUUUCUCUCCUAUGCCUUUUUCCAAAGUGUUAUUUUUCUUUCAUUGCACAAGAGGAAUUGCUUAUUGUUGUGUUCAAUAUUCAUUGGAUUACUCUUGCAGAGAGCAAAAGGGCAGAUUUUUAGGAUGAAUUUGUGCAGGUAACGAUCAUUUCUGUCACUAAGCAAAUUUCUCCCCUAAAAUAAAUACUGCUUUCCAUUUUUGCUUAUUGAAAUGUGUCUAAUGACAAAAGCCAUCUGUAAUCACCUGGCCACACUUUCGGAGAGUUUAAAAGGGAGGAGGUUCUCGGCUGGGCUCACGCAGGGGAGCUCUGUCUGUCCAUUAGCGUCAACUACAGUGACUGAGGACGGAUUUCAGCCCACUGCCCGGAGUACGGGGGCUCAUGAUCCGAAGCCAUGACCCUUAAGGUACCAACACGUCUGAGACGGUCGGGUUCCUUGCCUAAAUUUGCGUUGCCGGUCAGAAAGCUCCUAGAUCUGAACUUUGACUCUUGUCUUUCUCCAGAGGUUGAAUGGGUGGGGGCUUCCUGCUGUUUGGUUCCUUUUCAGCAAGGCCCUUAACUGGCUGGGUGAAGUUCAGAAGAAAGAAAACAAAUAGAAGCCAAUUAAGAGAGCAGAAGGAAUAAAGACUGGCAUUCUUUCAGAAAGGGACAGGAAUCUUAAGGCAUGUUACCCUUCCAGGCCCCUCUUUCGAGAUUAGGCAGGGCAGUGGAGGUGGGCACUUUGGCGCAGGAUCCCGUUCUGUACACUGUACUGUCGAUGAGACCUCUGCAGAGUUUAGUGAUUUCUUUCUCCUGCCUUCAACUGGUUCAAACCAGGCCUACUUGCAUUUUAAAGGGUUAUUUCUCAGGAUUAGAACUAGCCGCGUUCCAACAGCCUCCCGCAGUCUUGUGAGUGAGCGAUAUUUAAGUUUCAAGCUGAAAGAGAAGCAGGUGAGUUCAGUGGUUUAGGUUGUCAUAGUUCAGUCCGGGAAUUUGGAGCCGGAAAGUAUCGAUUUGCAGCCAGUGACGAGCUAACGGGAUGAAAAUAGUGGUGUAAAAUGGGGUAGCGUUUAUCGACAGUUUCAGAUAAGAGCUAACAAGUCUUGCCAUGCACUUGGACAUAUGAAACAGUAUCAGGUGGCUUGGAAUUUCAUUCGUUUUGCUUAGUGUGACUUAAUUUUUCCAUCUGUAGUUGGAAAUAACUGCCACCUAAUCAGGUCUGCCUCUAGGUCGUGUAUAUGCAUGUCAAAAUGCAAAGGAAAGUUUAAAAACCGCUAAAGCAAAGCCUUUCUCCUCAUAUUAAAUCUGCAAUUUUGGUAGUGACCGUGCCUAUGAAUUGCACAGAAAUGUUGUCAUUGAGAACCGAUGUGUUUCAGACUGGUUUUUCUAUGUACGUUUGCAAGAGCAUUUAUAUACUUUGUAAAAUACUAAACUUUUUACACACUAUCGUUCUUUAAAACUCCCAGGGAAAAAUAAAAUGAUCAGGUAUUACUACCUAAUUUGAA